GGAAGAAGCAGCAGCGCCAUAGUAGUUCCUAUUAUUUUCCAGUGGACGGCACCAACCGGCCAAAAUGCGUGUAGUGGUCUGCCUUGGCUCCGCGGUGAAGAAGACGGCGUUGGGAAGUCGACAGGACCGAGGAGGUGUGAGAGUUUGACAAACCAUCCCGCUGGUCUGGCUCCUCUUUGCCUGUUAUUUGCCAAGGGAGUUGUGUUCUGCGGUCCGAGGAAACAUGAGCUUUUUCUUCACAAAUCGUUCCAACAAGACAUUCAAGCCCAAGAAGAAUAUUCCAGAGGGUUCACACCAGUAUGAGCUGUUAAAACAUGCCGAGGCUACGCUGGGAAGUGGAAAUCUGCGCAUGGCAGUCAUGUUGCCUGAGGGUGAAGACCUAAAUGAGUGGGUGGCAGUCAACACUGUGGAUUUCUUCAACCAGAUCAAUAUGCUCUAUGGCACCAUCACAGACUUCUGCACUGAGGAAAGCUGUCCGGUCAUGUCUGCUGGUCCUAAGUAUGAAUACCAUUGGGCUGAUGGAACCAACAUCAAGAAGCCAAUCAAAUGCUCUGCACCCAAGUAUAUUGAUUACCUCAUGACCUGGGUGCAAGACCAGCUUGAUGAUGAGACACUUUUUCCCUCGAAGAUUGGUGUCCCUUUUAAGCGAAAUUUCAUGUCCGUGGCGAAGACCAUUCUGAAGCGCCUGUUCCGGGUGUAUGCCCACAUCUACCACCAGCACUUUGACUCUGUCAUGCAACUUCAAGAGGAGGCCCACCUCAACACAUCGUUCAAACACUUCAUCUUCUUUGUUCAAGAGUUCAACCUCAUUGACAGGAAAGAGCUGGUCCCACUACAGGAGCUGAUCGAAAAACUGACAACCAAGGAUAGAUAAACAGCAGUGUAAUUGUUCUUUCUAUGGUCUCCUAGUUUUGCACAGAUACCCACCCCACCCUGGCUGUAUGUAUGCAGUAUAUACUAUAUUUCCAUUUGGGGAAAUGUUUUUAAUAAGGCCAGGAACAAGGAAGGGUCUUGAUAGGUUAAGGCACCAGGACUAAGGCUAUCAGGGAUUAUAUACGCAUAAUUGAACAAACCACGGUUGAACAUAUUGGAGAAAAUGGAUUUUAGCUCUUUGGAUGAAUCCCCAGAACUCAUGUUAUCAGUAUUCAGUUAUGGCUUACGUUUAAAAUAGCACAGACUUAUGGUCAUUAGUGUUAUAUUAGGUUCUGCACAGCUUUUUUAAGUUUCAUAUGGAUUUAUUGCAGCACUACACAGGCAUUCCCAUACUGUUAGAUUUCCAUUUCCUGCUCAACCACAGGUGAGAGUAAAGUGUAAGCACAUCUGCUGUAAUGUAGUAGGGAAGUACUGUUGGUAUUACUGAAACAACUUAGGCCAACCUUUAAAUCAGUUCAGUAACCAGUAGCUAAUAACGUUUAUCCUUCUAUCUAUGUAAGAGGGGCUGGUUUGCAGGUUGUUAGUGUUCAAAUUGGUAAUUGCCCGACUCUGUCAAUAUAACAAAACAUUUCCUAAGUGCCUGGCAUGGCUCAUAAACACUAUGAACAGUGAAGACUGUAAACAGAUAAAGGCCAUAUACCUUUUGCUUUGUCAAACCACUGACAUGCUUGCCAUUGACUACUGGACCCCCCACUUCCAAUUUGCAUAGCCCUGAAUUCAUAUGUUUGAGUAAACUCCUGCUCUGCUUGUCAGUUGAAAGAACAUUUUUUCCUGUAAAAAAAUGAACAAACAAACAAACAAAAUACUGUUCACCUACCUUCCCUUCUUUGUUCCAGAAUUUCUUUUGCCAAGUGCUCUGUGCAGGUUUUGCUAAUGAAUGUGUUGAGAGACAUAGGAGUGGGGCUAGAAGUCUAACAUAGUGUAGCAGGGACUAAAAAUGAUCUUAGAGUCUCCUAGUAACAUGCUCCUGUAUAGUAGUUGUGAGAGGGGUACUUUGUUUUUAUCCAAUUUUUAACAAAUUGGAACAAAUUCUAACUAUCUAGGGAAGUCUUCAAGGGAUCUGAAAUAGUUAAACUGUAUAUAAUGGUCCAUAUAUAGAAAUAGAGAACUGUGUCAAAUUGAGUUUGUGUCAAAGUCACAAACUCCACUGCUAAUACUAAUGUAUUUAAUUGGAUUAUGCUGCAACCCAUGUUAUCUUACUAGCCAUGAAGCACUUUGAACAAUUUUCCUGACCUCUCUUUUGCCUGAAUGUUUAUUCUACAUAGACUGUGCUUUGUGAAAAAGCAGUAUUAUGUGAUUGAUCAUACUUUGUUUCCUCCCUUAUAUUUCCCCUAAUGAAUGUUCUUGAAUUGCUUACCCGCCUCUGAAAUAGGCUCUAUGGUAUAUUACAAAUGAGAUCUCCUUAUGCUUUUGUAUGGUCAGAGUUGUUUGUCGCUGUGCUUCACACAGCAGGUGCAUGUACUUUUUCCAAUCUCAAAGUGUAGUUUUACUAUGCAAUAAUUGACACGAUGCUCAAAGGUUUACCAGCCGCCUCAUUCAUACUUUACCCAUUUAGCAGUUUUAUCCCCUGUAGUGUUUAAACUCUGAUGUGAGAUAUGAAUAGAACUGAUUUUAUUUCAGUUCUGAAUGUGGCCAUUAAGACUAGAAAAUAAUGACAUUACCAUUUUCAUAUCUUCCUACCUGAGAUUUCCGAAAGAUGUAAUACAGAGGCAAAUACUAAGGUUAGGCCCCUCUUAAAAAUAAUUUUCGGCAAGCAUGGAGUGAUAGCUUUUGGUUUAAGAAUACACUAGUCUUGGAGACUUCUUAGAGACUACUUUCCCUCCCUGUUUGGACAUUACCUUUUUUCUAUAAACAACUAUCUUUUUCCUUUUUUCUGAGCUGAUUAUUAAUGAAUGUUAUUGCUCAUUGGAUAUCUGAAUCUGUAAUAGAGAAACAUAGAAGUCAUCCUUAAAGCAUCACAUCCUUACAAAGUGACCAUAGCAUAGCCUAUCGCCUACAGAUUUUUCUCCUUUACUGUAACAGUUGAUGAAAUGUUUGUAAAUAAUGGCUUGAUAAUGGGUUUUCAAUGCUACUGAAUUGAAUUAUGCUGUUUACAAGGCAAAAUAAAGGUGGUCUUUGACUCUU